UUUGUAGCAUUGUGAAACGGCUUUAAGAGAGGAACGGGCGAGCAGUGUACGUGUGCUGCGCCAACAUCUCCACGUAAAGGCCUUUCUCCGUUAACUGGUGUUGAUGUCGUGUGAUCGCAAUUUUUAGCGGUUUCAUGAGUAUGAGCUACUUCCGUCCACCUCCAGACGUCGAAGGUAUGACGUCUUUGAAAGUGGAUAAUCUCACUUACCGAACUUCUCCGGAGACCCUGCGCCGAGUGUUCGAGAAAUACGGGCGGGUCGGCGAUGUCUACAUUCCCCGGGACCGCUACACAAAAGAAAGCCGAGGCUUCGCUUUCGUUCGCUUCCACGACAAGCGGGACGCUGAAGAUGCGAUGGACGCCAUGGACGGUGCCGUGUUAGACGGUAGAGAGCUGCGUGUGCAGAUGGCCCGGUACGGGCGGCCCCCAGACUCCCACCAUGGGCGACGCGGUCCACCUCCACGGAGAUACGGAGAUUACGGUCGUCGGAGUCGAAGCCCAAGGAGAAGACGUCGCAGCCGGUCCAGAAGCAAGAGCCGAUCAAGAUCUCGCAGUCGGUCACGUUACAGCCGGUCCAAAUCACGCUCUCGCACCAGGUCCAGGACCCGUUCCAGCUCAAAGUCUCGUUCUGCUCGGAGGUCGAAGUCCAAGUCGUCGUCUGUGUCUAGAUCACGAUCUCGGUCCCGGUCCAGGUCCAGAUCCAGGACCACUCCGCCCCCACCAAAACACUCAAAAUCCAAAUCAAGGUCCCCGAGUCCCCCAAAGUCUCCAGAAGAGGAAGGAGCAGUGUCUUCAUAGGAUAGAGAUUCCUCAUAAAGAAACCAACACACUGGACAUCACUGUGGUGAUAAUCGUUCAGUAAUCCUUCGGCCCACGGAAAAAAAUGGAGCAAGCAACAGCUACCGAAAAGGUGGUUAUUUGUAUGAUUUCUUUUGUUGAAUAAAUUUUUUUAUUGUAUAAUUUGAACCCUGUGGCAGACUUUACAUUCUCUGUGCCAUUAUGUUGCUGUUAAAAAUUUCUUGUAAUUUAGUGAUGUGAGCGACUACAGAUUUCAUUAUUGGCUUGGAUAUUUUGAGGUAAUUCUUUUCAGUUCAUAAAGUGUUUAUAAAGCGGGUGGGGAAAAGGUAUAUUAGAGGCUUCGCUGAACUGUACCUGGACUGAUAGCCUUACCAAGGAUUGGUCAACCAUUGAUCUGUUCUUAAAAUGUCAAUUUUCUUCUAUGUAAUAUUUUAACUGCUAUCAGAUCACCCAAGUCUUGUAUGGGAUGUUAAUGUGACAAUGUUGCAAGGGAGUGUUUUUAUUUGACUACAACUCUAAUCUCUUCUCUUGUGUAUUUUUGUGCACUAGGCGCAGUUGUGUAGCAGUUGAGUUAUGCUGGUUAGCUGUUAAGGUGGCGUGUUGCAGUGCAGAGUGCUUGGCUGUUUCCUGUUUUCUCCUGAUUGCUCCUGUGUAACGCUGCCUUGUCGUGCAGAAAAACAAAUGGCUGUCCAGUUUGUUAGAAUGCCUGACAACUGCACUUCCAGUCGCCCGGGCCUUGCAUAUAAAUAAUGGAGCAUACAGUGAGCACAUCUAGCUGAUGAGAAACAACCUCUUAAACAUGGUAAAUGUAAGCAUUUAUAAUGUUAAAAGCAGGUGUCAUUCCUAUGUAUGUACUGAUCUUCUGGCUCUAACAUUCUGUACUAUAACCACUGUUUCUGUAGUUAAUAAAAUUUUCUUUACAAAA